AUGGCCGCCGCAUCUAACCUUCGCUCUCAAAAGCGGCUCGCCGCAUCGGUCCUUGGAGUUGGAAAGAACAAGAUCCACUUCGACCCUACUCAACUUGCCGAGAUCGCCACUGCCAACUCUCGUCAAACCAUUCGAAAACUCCACAAAGAUGGAUUGAUUGUUAAACGUCAAAAUGUCCUUCACUCCCGAUCUCGAACCCGUGAAAUGCACGCUGCUAAAGCCAAGGGUCGUCACACCGGUCCCGGUAAAAGAAAAGGUACCUCUGAUGCCCGUAUGCCUACCAAGAUUCUCUGGAUGCGUCGGCAACGAGUUCUCCGACGACUGUUACGGAAGUAUCGUGAGGCAGGCAAAAUCGACAAGCAUUUGUACCACGCUCUUUACAUGAAGGCAAAAGGUAACGUGUUCAAAAACAAGCGUGUUCUUAUGGACUAUAUCCACAAGGCCAAGGCUGAAAAGACCCGUGAGAAACAUUUGGCUGAGCAGAUGGAAGUUCGCCGAAGCAAAAACAAGGCUGCUCGUGCACGCCGAACUGCAAGGGUUGAAGAAAAACGGGCUGCUAUCAUUGCUGUUGAGCAUCAGGCUGAGGAGAAGCAGUAG